AUGGUAGGAUUCGCUCGAGAUGAUGAUCAGAAACAACUCGGAUCAACGUUCAUGGCCAGUGGGACGUCUUCCUCUUCUGGUUCGACACCUUUGAAAAGAAGGAGAAUCACCAGAGCGUGCGAUAGAUGUCAUAGAGGAGGCACCAAGUGUUCACCUGGUCCUACACCCGAUAUCUGUGGACCAUGCUCGGCGUUCGGGUCGGAAUGUACAUACGAAAGACCUAUUAAGCGUCGUGGACCUCAGGCGAAAUCCAAUAGCAACGAUAACGGGGACAAUCAUCAACGAGCCUCAUCCUCUGGAGCGUCGAUACCCAAUUCACCUAUAUCGAAAGAGAAAGAUGACCAUUGGGUAUACCAGGAGGUAGCGAGUCAUGAGCAGCUGGAGGAAUUGAUAGAUUCGUUCUAUCGAUUGGUUUAUCCAACCCAUCUCUUCUUCCACUGGCCAUCAUUCACAGCCGCUUUCCGAGAUCGUCUAUACACCCGCUCUCGCUCUUUCAAUUGUCUCAUCAUGUCGGUCUGUGCAUUAGCAUCUGCUAGACUACGAGACGGUGCACCCAAGUACUGCCAUUUGAAAUAUUGGGAUCCAUCUACCUCAACAUCCGAAAUAUUUUACAAUUCAUGUCUAUCUUCGUUCCCAGUAGAUUUGAUCAAAGCUGGUGAAUUCGAUUACAAAAGGACUAAAGUGAUUCUUUCAAUGCUAUGCCUUCAAUACGGCGAAAUCGCUAGAUCGAUAGUACACAUUGGGGAUUAUUGUACGUUAUGUUCGUUGGAUGGAUUCCAAAACGAGUCGAGGUGGCCUAAAGGAUUGGACGAGAUUGAGAUCCAAGAACGGAGGAGAUUGUUCUGGGCAGCAUAUCAAAGUGAUAUAUACAUUGCUACUACCUUUGGAGGAAUUAUACGACAUCGUGAAGCUCAAUCUACAGUAUUAUACCCUACGGAAGUCUUAUCGGAUGAUGAUAUCACCCCCAACGGUAUAGUGGAACGAGCAACGACAAACAAGAAAUCAUUCUUGAACGGAUGGAACUUCGUCACUAAUUUAUAUAGGAUUCUGGAGCAUGCUGUAUGUCAGAUGAGACAAAGAAACCAGACUUACGAUGGAGGAAACCAAAUUGCCUUGUUAUUUUCAUCGAAAUCGUCAAAAGGUGGAAAAAAGUUUGAUCCUGGUCCGGAAGAGAUCCUCUCGACGGUAGAAAGGCUGUAUAAUGAUUUGCCGGAUUGUUUAAAGGAGGCAAAGGAAAUGUCGGGUGAUGUAAAUAAAGAUAUUUAUGGUUUUCAAACCGCAAAUAUAAUGAUAACACUCCAACUGGUGAAAAUGGUGAUUGCUGGAAUGGCCGAAUGGUCCGUCGAACAACGAUGUGCAAUCGCAGGAGAAUUACUGGAUUCUCUGGCAGCUUUGCCUAAGCCAUUCAUGCAAGCUUGCGGUGCGCCGCUCAUUCACCACAUCGCAGGUGUGGGUCACAUAUUAGCCAAUAUCAUCCAGUCUCCCCUCUCGCCAACGUCUUAUCUGCACGUUCGAACCGUUUUGCUUCGUAUGGCAGAUCUGCUAUCUUCGUUGGAGAGUACCCUGAAAUCGGCCAGUGUGCUAUGUAUAGCUGCAAAGCUCAGGGAUCACGUGGAGAGGAUAGAUGAUUACAUGAUCAGUGCGACGGAAGCUAGCGGAUGGAAUUUUACUAUCGGCUCUGUCGCCUCGACUACGGACGAUCAGAUUCGUACACCUACUACGUACCCGCCCGAACCUCUGAUGUCGAUGACCCGACCCAACUCUUCAGCUCAACGUUCCACUCAGAUGAUUAACAUUCAAUCUCAAAUACCAAAUAUCCCGCAACCUGCUCAGCCAAAUACCUUCCCAACCGAUAACAACAUUCAGAUCAUUGACAGUCUCCUCAAUCAGCCUGCACAGUCAACGACGACUGUCGAUCAAGGCGAUCAACAAUUCCAAUUACCCGAUGACCUAUUUUCAGAUUGGUCUUUCAUGUUCAACGAAUUCGGUUCUCAAGGAGAUGCUUUCGAUUUCUUGUCCGCUUCAGCUUCAGCUCCGGCUCCGACUUCAGGUAAUGCGGAUUGGCAAAUCCCUUCGGUCAAUGGUAUUGCCCCAUGA